GGCCAAGAGACGUCGGACCAUUUUUGAACUUCUUUUCGCCUUCCUUGGCAAUAAGCGCAGAGAGCUUUCGGCUGGUCUUUUCUAGGGUUUUUAAAGCGUCCAUUGCUAGGGUUUCAGAUCCUCCGUUUUUAAGGUUUCCUGCAAAAAAUGGCCACCUUCAAUGAAGCUCCUCCAGGCAAUGAUAAGGCCGGAGAGAAGAUCUUCAAGACUAAGUGCGCUCAGUGCCACACCGUGGAUAAAGGAGCUGGACACAAACAAGGACCCAACCUGAAUGGUCUCUUUGGGAGGCAAUCUGGUACAACUCCUGGGUAUUCUUACUCAGCUGGAAACAAGAACAAGGCUGUGAUAUGGGAGGAGUCGACUCUCUACGAUUACUUGCUUAACCCAAAGAAGUAUAUUCCAGGGACUAAGAUGGUUUUUCCAGGUCUGAAGAAGCCGCAGGAGCGAACUGAUCUCAUUGCUUACCUCAAGGGAGCCACAUCCUCCUAAGAGAAAGCAUACUGUUUUUUCCCAUCAUUUUCUCUCUUCAUUUCAAUAUUUUUGCGGCUCCCAUGGUGUGGUUUGAAGCAGAGAUACUCUACUAUUUUUUCAACAAUAAGUCCUUGUUGGGAUCUCAAAUUGGCUCUUAGAAUCCUAGAGAGCCAUUUCUCCUUACAUUGUACAUGUGAAACUCUACUCUCUUUUUGUACCCUUAUAAUUUACAUUCGAACUAGGUGAAUGUCUACUGUGAAUGAUUGCAUUUAGGAACGCCAUUCCUCCAUUAUAAAUCUGGAUUAAUCUCUAAUUGAUUAUCUUAGUCU